AUGCCGGGCGCUCCUGCCGGGCCGAUAACAACAACGGCUCAGUCGCCCGUCGAAGAGCAGCUCACCAUCACGCCGAGCCGCGUCCUCGCGCCUGUCGGCAGUGAAGUGAUCCUGAAGGCGGGCGUUUGUUAUAAGGACGGCUACCUCCGCACCAACCGCCGCAUCGAAUGGAUGCUUGGCCAGGAGGGCGCCGGGCAAUUCGUCACCGUCGGCGAACGGGGCGAAAUGGACUUUAUGCGGCUCCCGUGGGAGCGGCCCAACAAGGUCGAUAACUCCUACGUCGUCGGCUACACGACGCCGUUCAACGUCUGCCUACGUCGCGGCACCGACGACACGACGGACGACGUGCAGGUCCGCACCGGCGAGGCGUGGGUCACCGUCUCGAGCGCGAGCGAGGGCGUCAGCUACGUCACCGCCACGGCGCUGGAGACCGGCAACUGGGAGGCCCGCCGCAACACUGCCGCGAUCUACUGGGUCGACGCCCAGUGGCAGCUGCCGCCGCCAACGGUGCUACAGCCCGGCCAGGUCGGCACGCUCACGACGACCGUCACCCGCAAGACCGACGGCGCGCCGCUCGAGGGCUGGGUCGUUCGGUACGAAGUCACCCGAGGCGACACGGCGCGGCUUGGCUACGAGUCGGGCCAGCUCUCGGAGGUAACGACCGACAGCAACGGCCGCGCCCAAGUGCAAAUCUCGCCGACCGACGAUCAACCCGGCACGGCGCAGGUGAAGGUCACCGUGGUCCGCCCCGCGAAGAAUGCGCCGAUGGCCGCGCCGCGGUUGGAGCUUGGCGGCGGCGAGACGGUGGUCAGCUGGACGCCCACGGCCGUCCAGCCGAUCGGCCCGCCGGUCAGCGGCGGCGUCACUUCGCCCCCAAUCACGGGAGGCGGAUCGCCCAACCCGCCGGCGCCGUUCGAGCCGCCACCGACAGGCGGCGGCGACACGCUCGGCGAGACGACGCCACAGAUCGGCCCGCGGGUCGAGCUGGUGUUGCGCCGGGCUUCGACCGGCGCCGUACGAGUCGGCGACCCGAUCCCGGUGACAAUCGAGCUGCUCAAUACGGGCGACGCGCCAACGCAGAACCUGCGCCUCGCCGUCGAGUACGACCGCGGCCUGUCGAAUACGAACGACACUGAAGGGAAGUACCGCCUCGAGUACCCGUCGAGCCGCCUUCCUAGCUUGGGGCCCGGCGACUCGAGCACGAUCGAUCUCGACUUCUCCGCCGUCGAGGUCGGUGAGCAGUGCUACCGUGUCCAAGUGACGGCCGACGGCAUGGCUUCGGCCGCCGACCGGCAGUGCGUUACCGUCGAGAGCGAGGCGCCGGCCGCUCGGCCUCAGGUCCGCAUUCAGAGCGCUCUCGAUGCGGUGGGCGAGGUGGGGCAGCAACUCAGCUACCUCGUGACGGUCUACAACGACGGCUCCGCGCCGGUGGAGGACCUGACAAUCGAAGUCGUUGCCGACCGACAGCUUGACGCCGUUCAAGCAACCAGCGGCUCCUCCCCAGCGCCUGGCGGCGUGCGCUGGGAGGGAGAGACGAUCCCCGCGGGAGGCAGCAUGCAAUUCGAGGUUCAAUUCGAUUGCGAAUCGGCGACCGAGUUGGCGAAGGUCACCACCUGGGUUUCGCAGGCGGGCGUCGACCUUGGGCAGAAAACCGACGGCAUCGAAAUCCGCCCAGCCCGUCCCGCGACGACGCCCGAGACGACCCCCGAGCCGGCGGCGCCGCGUGGCGACCUGGAAGGCGUCCUCAGCUCGACGGCGAACCCCGCCAAGGUCGGCCAGCCGGCGACGCUCAACUUGACGAUCACCAACCGCUCCCGCGCCGACCUCGGCAACGUGCAGUACCGGCUGGUGUUCGAAACCAACCGGAUCCAGCCCACCGUCCCCGCCGGCGCCCAACAGAACCAGAACACCAUCGAGUUCCCCGCCGUUGGCUCGCUCGCGGCCGGCGAGACCUUCCGCAUCGCCGUCCCCUACACGCCCGUGCAGCAGGGCCUCACAACGGUGUGGCUAGAAAUGCGCAGCGGCGCCGACGGCGCCACGGCGACGGCGACCGAGUCCAUCUCGAUCAGUUCACGAAAAGGCGCGGAGGCGCUAAGGAUGGAUGGUUCGAUGGCGCCGGCGACGCUCCGCUGGGUCUUGUUGCGGCACGAGUGCCCUCCGGGUUAUCGCGGUGGGUCGCAUUGGGACUUGAUGCUCGAGCGCGCGGCGGUUGCGGACGAGCGGCGGUUGGCGACGUGGUCGCUGAGCGAGUUGCCAGCUGGUUGGCCGGGCGCGGCGGAUGGGGCGUCCCCGGAAGUUGUGGCGAGUGCCCUUGAUGAUCAUCGCGCGGCUUACCUGGAGUACGAGGGCCCGCUCAGCGGCGCCCGGGGGAGCGUGACGCGCGUCACGGGCGGGGUAGUGGUCUGGCGUGAAGCGACCAGACGGCGGGUCGCUGUUGAGCUGCGUGGCGGCCUCUGUGGGGCCAUCUUGCUCGAGGGGGACCAAGUGGUGGGGUGGCGGUUGAUGUGGCUUCCGAUUGUCCCGGCCGUGCUAACUGGCGAAGCGAUCCGUGCGCUCGACGAACGCUACCGACUGACGCUGCCGGCAGAGCUGGCGGAGGCGGUUGGUGGCGGCCCCGUUGCUGGUCAGGGGGCAGAGUGCCUGAUUGCUAAAGAACGCCCGGGCUGCCUCAGCCUGUGGCGACGCGACGCUUGGGAAGAGAAGCAGCGGCAGGCUGAGUCGAUCGUUAGCUCGAAGCUCGCCACGGGCCGGCUCGACGGCCGCCUCGGCGACGUGCAGCGGCUCGGCAGGUUGCUCUCCACCCGACAACGAACCAUCCCCAUCGCCGGCCGCGGCCGGAUCGUCAUCCCAGAAGGAUUCCGCGAACUGUUGGGCGUCGAACCCGGAGGUAACGUCUCGGUCGUCGGCGCCGCGGUGUGCGUCGAGCUGUGGCGUCCCGAAGCGUGGGCCGAAUGGAUCGGCCGCGAGAUGCCCGGCUUCCGAGAGUUGUUUGAAGAACUCGCCCGCUAA